AUGCUGCGCUUUUUGUUCUUGUUGGGCCCGACCUUACUUUUUUUUUUUUUUAAUUUAUUUUUUCUCUGUCGACGGUGUUUUGACGCAUACCGCGUAAAGCAAAGAGUCUCACGCAUGAGUGUUGUGCCGGGGGUGAGGGGGACCGGCGUCGAGGAGACGAGGGAGCCUUCUUUUUUGCAGGAGCUCGGUGAAGUGCCGAGGUGUACCGCGGCAGCGCCGGCCCGACUCCGAGGAGACCCGUGGCGGUACUUGGUGGGAAUAACCUUCUGCCUUCUAUCCAUAUCGAAUGCCAUGCAAUGGAUUACAUUCGGCGCCAUUGUGGAUGAGGUUCGCCUGUACUUCAACAUGAGUUCUGUGCAGGUGAACCAUCUUGCCACCACGUACGUCAUUGCGUACGUAUCUAUUGUGUUCUUAAGCUGCAAACUCUACGAGUUAACGGGGCUGAAGGUUGGAAUUGUGAUUGCAGCUGCGGCGAAUACCAUUGGAUCUUCACUUAAACUUGUCGCGGUUUACGCAUGGCCUAACAUGACCCUGCUAUACAUGGCGCAGGUGCUGAAUUCCAUUACGGAAGUCCUCACAAUUGCCACCCCGCCACUCAUUGCGAAUCGUUGGUUUCCGGAAGGCCAGCGCAUGAUCGCCAACACCGUUUUGAGUAGUGCACUCAACUUGGGCUGUGGUGUAGGUGUGUUGGUUCCAACUUUCUUCGUAACGCCGGAGAAGCAGGAGCGUAAACACUUUGCAAACCUUUUUUGGUUUCAGUUUUCAUUGUGCGCGUGCGUGCUGCUAAUGGCGAUCUUUUUUGUCCCGUCUCGCCCGCGCUACAUGGCAAGCUAUGCCGCAGCACGACAACAGAGGGGCGAGGAAAAACGCUUGAAGGCUGUUCGGGACAUUUUUAAAGGUCACAUAGGCCAGAGUGACGGCGAGCUGGAACAACACGAGCAUGAACAGCAACAAGAUUCCGAACAACCACCACCACAACAACAACAACAUCAGGGGCCUGAGGAAGAGGGAGACACUUAUCUCACGGAUGAAAAUGAUGAGCAGGAAGUGCAGCCAAUCAACGUGUUUUCUACCAUCAUGGAUUCGCUCCGCAUGCUGAAGAAGAAUCCCUCCUUUGCAUUUCUUAUGAUUGCCAGCGCGGCUGAACUUGGUCUUAUAUGGGCUGUCGCUACUGUACUGCCUCAGUGUUUAAGUCCAUUUGGCGUCUCAGAAGUAGAGAGUGGGUGGAUUAGCUUUUUGAAUCUUGUCUUUGGUACUAUUGUUGCACCAUUUUUUACGCAUUUUGUUGAACGUAAGCGUCAGUAUAAAACCGUACUUGUCUUCAUUGCUAUGCUCCUUACUAUUAACAUGUCCAUAUUUGUUUUCAUGCUGGUGUUUGGUCCAUCUCCGCAUGAAAAUCGAACGUACUAUGUCGUUGCGGCAUUUAUUCUCUGGGGCGGCGUGGCUGGCCUCUGUCAGAAUUUUAUUAUGCCACUUAUGUUUGAGUUUGUUAUUGAGCUCACGUUCCCAAUGGCGGAGUCAACAAGUGCGCCUACACUGAUGUGGGCAGCAUGCUUAUCAAAUUUGAUUUUAACGGUUGUGUUUGGUGAAGUACUUGGGGAACAUCCAACACGAGGUGAGGCGCUCAAUGUUUUUAUGGGGGCAACACUUGUGUGUUUUUUUGGUGGUCUUGCACUUUUGUUGGUGUACCCGUACGGACGACGGCGUGAGUAUGAGCUUCUCAUGAAGGAGAGAGACGAAACCCAGCAGUUUUCACCACCGUUGCAGGAGUAA